GCACUACCACAGCAUGGAUGAGUUCAGCCACUACGACCUGUUGGAUGCCACCACGGGGAGGAAGGUGGCCGAGGGCCACAAAGCCAGCUUCUGCCUGGAGGACACCACCUGCGAUUUCGGGAACCUGAAGCGUUACGCCUGCACGGCUCACACCCAGGGCUUGAGCCCGGGCUGCUACGACACCUACAACGCCGACAUCGAUUGCCAGUGGAUCGAUAUAACGGAUGUGCAGCCGGGGAAUUACGUCUUAAAGGUUCAGGUGAAUCCCAAAUACAUCGUCCUGGAGUCGGACUUCACCAACAACGUGGUGAGGUGCAACAUCCAUUACACCGGGCGCUACGUCGCCACGACAAACUGCAAGAUUUCCCAGUAA